CUUGUGAUAGCCUGUAGCCUGUUAGCCUGACAGUGUGUUAGCUCAAACCAAGGCGUCUAAAAGCCACCGACGCACGGCCAUUGGCUCCUGCGCCUAGGGACGCCAAGCAGCGAAUAGUCAGAGCUUUUAACAGGUUCCACACAGGUGAAACAGCCCUCCUCGCUGGAUAUGAAAGUGCAGCAAGGCUGUAACUCGACAGACAUGGGGAUCCCUGUAAGAACCGAGGAGGAGCUGCGCAGAAACGCUGUCAUAACACCGGAAGAUGUGCUGGGCUUGCAAAAGAUCACUAAGAAUUACCUUUGCUCCCCUGAAGAAAAUGUCCACAUGAUAGACUUCACCAGGUUCAAGAUCCGGGACAUGGAAACUGGGACGGUCCUAUUUGAAAUUACCAAACCCCCAACACCUGGUAAAUGCACACUUAUUUACACAAUAGGGGGUAGGAAGCAGUGUGACCCCAAUGCAGGCCGUUUUGUGCGGUACCAGUUUACCCCAGCCUUUCUACAGCUGCGGCAAGUUGGAGCAACAGUGGAGUUCACAGUAGGAGACACGCCCAUCAACAAUUUUCGCAUGAUCGAGAGGCACUAUUUCCGCGAUCAGCUGCUCAAGAGCUUUGACUUUGAGUUUGGCUUCUGCAUGCCCAGCAGCAAAAACACAUGCGAGCACAUAUACGAGUUUCCGGCGCUGUCAGAGGAAAUCAUGCGUGAGAUGAUUCUGCACCCAUACGAGACGCAGUCCGACAGCUUCUACUUCGUGGACAACAAGCUGGUGAUGCACAACAAGGCAGACUAUUCCUAUAGUGGGGGCCCAUAGGAUAAACUGCACUGUCUAUAUUCACUUCACUACAGGUUUCUACAUUCCAGACCCAUGUAAAGACAAGGGACAAAUAAAGUGAGGAAUACUCAUGAGAGUACAUUUUAUUUUUGUUCAGCUGCCUGGCCAACCAGAUCUGUCCC